AUGAAGGCUUACCCGGUCGGCAACAUCGACAUGCCGGUCACUUUCGGCAGCAAAGCCAACUUCCGCACCGAGACCCUCACGUUUGAGGUGGUGGACUGGAAGGGGGUGUACCAGGCCAUUCUCGGGCGCCCCGCCUACGCCAAGUUCAUGGCGGUGCCCAACUGCACCUACCUCAAGCUCAAACUGCCGGGCUCGAACGGGGUCAUCACGGUAAGCGGCUCCUUCGAGCAGGCCUACGUCAGCAGCCGCGAGUACUUCAACCUCGCCACCACUGCGGCAAACUCGGCUGAGCUUGGCCAGCUUCGCGUCACCACUCCCAAGUGUCGUCCUGACCCUGGCAAGCAAAGCCAGGCUCCUGCCUUCGUCUCAAUCGAUGAGACCAAGUCGGUGUGGGUCGGCUCCCAGCUGUCAGCCAAAUAG